AUGAGUACAUCAGGAGAUCAAUCUGGAUCUUCGCAGCGAAAGCUUGGCCGUCGCCGUAUCCCAAUGGAAAAGAUAGAAAAGAAGAACAAUCUUCAAGUGACUUUCUCUAAGCGUCGAGCAGGGCUUUUCAAAAAAGCUAGCGAACUUUGCACGUUGACGGGUGCAGAGGCUGGUGUUGUAGUGUUUUCGCCUGCUGACAAUGCUCAUUCAUUUGGACAUCCUAAUAUCAACUCAAUUACUGAAAAGUUUCUCUCCCCAGAGAACAUCGACAUAGGUAAUCAGUGGAGGGAAGGCCGUGAUUUGGCCCGGCUACGGCAAAGUGAGCUAGAUGCUUUGGCCCGAGUCGAGGCAAGUCUAGCUGCUGAAAAAGUACGGGGUGUAGAGCUGGAGAAGUUAAGGAGGGAGAGUAUGAUACCCUUUGGAGGCCCGGAUUUGGAGGGACUCGGAUACGAGCAACUACAAUUGUUAAAAGAAGCUAUAUCUCACUUUGGAAAGGAUAUGAAGAAUAUGACUGGGAAAAUGCCCGUUGCUCCACUAGCAUCAAAUAUGAGCAUGAAUUAUCCAUUUGGAAUGGGAGUAAGCACCAUGGUGCCAUAUAAUCAAUUCCCAGGACAGAGUGGCAGUGGCAACGGCAACAACAGCGGAACCAGCAACGACAAAGGGAAAGGCAAAGCUAAAUACUACGACUAA